CAGCCUCUGCAGUGCUGGUUCGAUCCCCGCUGGCCUUGGAGCAACCCACAUGGCAAGCAGACCUUUCCUGUCUCGCCCGCUACUCCCCUCAGCAGUGUAUUUCGGUCCGUCUACCUGUUCUGUUCCCCACUCUGUCUCUGGUGAAUCCUCUCACCCUUCCGCACAUCUGGCCUGUACCCUAGUUCUUGUAUAAAUAAAAUAUCUCUUUAAAAAAAAAAACACAAAAAACAGCAGUAGCAAUGACCUUGUAUUGAGCAUUACACCCAUACUAAUAAUAAUGCAUGCCUCACAGUAACUGAUGAUGUAAAGACUCAGAGAGAUAAAGUGACUUGCCUGAGGUCACACGGCUGGAGCAUGGAGGAGUCAGCAUUCUGACUUCAGAACCCAAACAGAAUCCCAGAAUCCCGGAUCACAAAACCUCCCUGCUUAGGGGAGCUUCGAUCUGAUGGACUUGGAUCUUCAUGACCAUCAUUUCUCUUGAGGCUCUCAGGCUGUAAGCUGAACCCUGAAAAUAAUGAAGAUCAUUUUUCAGGCCUGGGGUCCUCAGAGUAUCUCAAGAUUCUGAAAAGAGGAAGCUGGAAGCUUCUUCCUAGUUGUUAAGGAAGCAGAUCAAAGCCAGAGAAGCAGCUCUAAGUCACCUGUGUUUUCCAGAUAGUAAAGACAGUCAGUGGGGUGACAAGUUGGUUAACUGAGUCCUGCCUAAGGCAUCAUGGUGAGCCCAGGAAUGAGACAAAUACAGAGACUGCUCUAGGAGCCUGGCGUCUCGCUUAGGAGGGCAAGCCUGGUAUCUGUGAAAUGCUGGCAGGUGAGAGACUACUUUGAGGAAACCAGCCUGAGCAAUGCUGGACCGCAGGGCCUGACAGCACCAAAAAGAUCUCAGUUGAGAAGAGCAGGAGUCCACAGGCCUCUUAGAAUAACAGCCCUGAACAGGCUGGUGCCACCCUCCAGCUGCGCAGGGGAUGUGGUCGUGACAAAGAACCAGCUGACCCUACAGCAAGGGGGCUCCCAGGGCCAUGGCCCAGGUCAGCAUCAACAAUGACUAUGGCGAGUGGGCCUCAAGCUCAGACUCUGGGGAGCGGGCACGUCUGCUGCAGAGUCCCUGUGUAGACACAGCCCCCAAGAAUGAGGGGCAGGCCUCUCCAGGGGGUCCGGCCAGGGGCACCACUUCCACUCUUGGGGCCAUCUUCAUCGUAGUCAAUGCCUGCCUGGGUGCAGGGCUGCUCAACUUCCCAGCAGCCUUCAGCACCGCAGGGGGCGUGGCAGCCGGCAUCACGCUACAGAUGGGAAUGCUGGUGUUCAUCAUCAGCGGCCUCGUCAUCCUGGCCUACUGCUCCCAGGCCAGCAAUGAGAGGACCUACCAGGAGGUGGUGUGGGCUGUGUGCGGCAAGCUGACAGGCGUGCUGUGUGAGGUGGCCAUUGCCAUCUACACCUUCGGCACCUGCAUCGCCUUCCUCAUCAUCAUCGGGGACCAGCAGGACAAGAUUAUAACUGUGAUGACAAAGGAGCCCGAGGGCGCCAGCGGUGGCCCCUGGUACACAGACCGAAAGUUCACCAUCAGCCUCACUGCUUUCCUCUUCAUCCUGCCUCUCUCCAUCCCCAGGGAGAUCGGCUUCCAGAAAUAUGCCAGCUUCCUGAGUGUUGUGGGCACCUGGUACGUCACUGCCAUCGUCAUCAUAAAAUACAUCUGGCCAGACAGAGAGAUGACCCCAGGGGACAUCCUGACCAGGCCGACUUCUUGGGUUUCUGUGUUCAAUGCCAUGCCCACCAUCUGCUUCGGAUUUCAGUGCCACGUGAGCAGUGUGCCUGUCUUCAACAGCAUGCGGCACCCCGAGGUGAAGACCUGGGGCUGGGUGGUCACAGCCGCCAUGGUCAUAGCCCUCGCUGUCUAUCUGGGCACAGGCAUCUGUGGCUUCCUGACCUUUGGAGCUGCUGUGGACCCCGACGUGCUCCUGUCUUACCCCUCGGAGGACAUAGCGGUGGCCGUUGCCCGAGCCUUCAUCAUCCUGAGUGUGCUCACCUCCUACCCCAUCCUGCACUUCUGUGGGCGGGCGGUGGUCGAAGGCCUGUGGCUACGCUACCAGGGGAUGCCAGUGGAGGAGGACGUGGGGCGGGAGAGGCGGCGGCGCAUGCUGCAGACGCUGGUCUGGUUCCUGCUCACCCUGCUGCUGGCACUCUUCAUCCCUGACAUUGGCAAGGUCAUCUCAGUCAUCGGAGGCCUGGCCGCCUGCUUCAUCUUCGUCUUCCCAGGGCUGUGCCUCAUUCAAGCCAAACUCUCAGAGAUGGAGGAAGUCAAACCAGCCAGCUGGUGGGCACUGGUCAGUUACGGAGUCCUCUUGGUCACCCUGGGAGCCUUCAUCUUCGGGCAGACCACAGCCAAUGCCAUCUUUGUGGAUCUCUUGGCAUAACCACCAGUUCCCAGGGAACACACGUUGACCAUCGGCU